GCAGCGAGUCCUCAGCAGGAGGGACGGACACACACACACACACACACACACACACACACUAGAGACUUAAAGUGGACUUCAAUUCCACACUGGCUACCAGAUGGAUCAUACAGAAUACCUUCAUCUGAGUUCUUCGGUACAGGUUGACCACAGUCACCUAAGGCCACCCUCCCAUGCACCUAUCGGCUCCAUGGUAACACACCUCCACCCGUCUGUCAUAAGCGGUAUUACAUCACCCUACUCUGUCAUCACCUCGUCCUCAUCGCUGAGCUCAACUACUUCAUCCCUGCCCAGUCCACAUAACAUGGGCUUCAGUCCUCAGAUAAACAGUCUGGAAGCCUCAAGAGACAUUAAGCCUCCUGCUAAUAUCAGUAGCAGCUACCAGUGCGUCAGUCCAGGCUCUCUUUCGAAACACCUGUGCUCCAUCUGUGGUGAUCGCUCUUCUGGUAAACACUAUGGAGUAUACAGCUGUGAAGGCUGCAAGGGUUUCUUCAAAAGAACUGUCCGGAAAGAUCUGACAUACACAUGCCGGGACAGUAAGGAGUGCUUAAUAGAUAAGCGCCAGAGAAAUCGGUGUCAGUACUGCCGCUAUCAGAAAUGCUUGGCAAUGGGAAUGAAGCGGGAAGCUGUGCAGGAAGAAAGGCAACGGGGUCGAGAUAAAAAUGACAACGAGGUUGAUUCCAGCAGUGGUUUAAAUGAAGAAAUGCCAGUGGAGAAGAUUUUAGAUGCUGAAUUAUCUGUGGAGCCAAAAACAGACACCUACAUUCAGACUAAUGCAGACAACUCAACAAACGAUCCUGUCACCAACAUCUGCCAGGCAGCUGAUAAACAGCUCUUCACCCUGGUGGAGUGGGCAAAACGCAUCCCACAAUUUUCUCAGCUACCUCUGGAUGAUCAGGUCAUCCUCCUACGAGCAGGUUGGAAUGAGCUGCUCAUCGCAUCAUUCUCUCAUCGCUCUGUGUCAGUGAAGGAUGGUAUUGUGUUAGGCACCGGGCUGCAUGUCCACCGCAAUAGCGCUCACACUGCAGGAGUGGGGUCCAUCUUUGACAGGGUUCUUUCUGAACUGGUCUCUAAAAUGAAAGACAUGCAGAUGGACAAGACGGAGCUCGGCUGCCUCAGAGCCAUCGUUCUCUUCAACCCAGAUGCCAAAGGUUUAUCCAGUCCAACUGAAGUAGAGGCACUGAGGGAAAAAGUUUAUGCUGCACUGGAGUCAUAUACCAAACACAAAUAUCCAGACCAGCCUGGCAGGUUUGCGAAGCUUUUGCUGCGUCUUCCGGCUCUUCGCUCCAUCGGUCUCAAGUGCCUCGAGCAUCUUUUCUUUUUCAAGCUCAUCGGCGACACACCGAUAGACACAUUCCUCAUGGAGAUGCUGGAAGCGCCACACCAAAUCACGUGAUGCUAAUAACAUCCUUUACCCUGUACAUACCCACCUCAUGCCCUGAUCUUCUUUUAUACUACAUUAAAAACAAAGGACAAUGUAAUUGUUAUUAAAUAAAAAGCACAUUAUUAAUUUUAAUUUUGUAAAUAGAUCUUGUCCCUGAUGUAGUACAAAGUGAUUCUAAUCGAUGUGAGACUGUGUUAACUGCCAAUAUGUAUUUUGUAAUGUUAUGUAAAAAGAAGAAAAAAAUGUUUUAAAUAGCACUAUCUAGCGUUUUCUUUGUUUCUAGCAAAAGUCUUUAGGACUGAUUUAUUUUCUUUUUUUUUUUUUUUUACAUUUUAUAGCCAUGUUUCCACUUUGGAAGAACAGGCUGUGAGGGCUGCAAUAUUGAACUUCUUUUUUUUAGUGGUUCAAAUUAUAUUUUAGAAAAUGUUUUUUGACAAUUAAGAGUUGAAAUAAAACUGAAAUUAACUUAAUAAUAAUAAUAAUAUAAUAAUAAUUAACUUUAUUUUAUAGAGCGCAUUUAAAAGUUACAAGUGUUUCAAAUCGUUUUACAAGCGUAAAAAAAAAGUAAAUACACACAUCAUACAUACAUCACAAAAGAAAAUUACAUUAAAGUUACCCUGAAAAAAAUCCAAUUGAAGAGCAGACGUUUCUGAGAAAAAUUUUUGUAUUCAGAAAAGUGAGGAUUGAAUGUAAUGUUUAAGUCUUAACAUUGUUAUGCUCCGUUACUGUUAUGUACGGAGUUUCACAUGUUUCUGUGGGUUUCCUCAGGGUUCUCUGUCAUUGUGACUGAUUUUGGAUGCUAAAGUUACCCACAUAUUAAGUACAGGUGUUCCACAACAUGUGUAUAUAUAUAUAUAUAUAUAUAUAUAUAUAUAUAUAUAUAUAUAUAUAUAUGGACAAAUGUAUGGGUCACCUGACUUUUUCAGCCAUAUAUAGUUCUUCCACCACGCUUUUACCAAAAGGCACACAAUUGUAUAAGAUGUCUUUGGAUGUGGUGACCCAAACAUUUCAAAUUAACUAUGCUCCUGUGUAAAAAGCCAGCUCCAUGAAAAUCUUGUUCACAUGGGUUGGAACAUCUUUGAAUACUGCCCGCAUCUCAGACCUGCUUACCCUACAUAAGUACCUUACUUUACUAAUGCUCUGAAUGACCAGAAAUCUUCACAAGCACACUUUAAAAUCUAAUGGAACAUCUUCUCAGAAGAGUGGAGGUUAUUAGAAUGGCAAAUCGGGACAAAAUUUGGAAUGGGAUGUUCAAAAAGCACACACAAAUCACGGUCAGAUGUCCACAAUUUUUGUCUAUAUAAUGUAUAUGUGUAUAAUGAUGCAUAAAUGGACUGUUUUUGAAAGAUAAAUUGCCAAUUUUGUUUAAAACAUCUUUAAACAAUAACCCCAUUGUGGAUGGGAUUGGAAAGUCGUGACUUGACAUAUGUCUCUCUUGUUUAUCAGGCUGAUAGACUGAGCAGUUAAACGUGUUUAAGGCAAAAGAAAGAGAAAAGAGUACACCACAUGUCUGGACUGCAGCAUUUAGCUGUUUUAAAGCCUAUAACUGUAACAGAAGGUUUUAAUAAUCAGAACAAUGUGCUCCUUGGUGUGGCAUGCCACAUUUUCAUUAGAAAGACAUUACCUCAGCAAAGGCAUAAUCCCGCAAAGCGGAUGUCUUUCCUCACAUGUACUUUUAUUCUUCACACGCACUCUUUUUAUUGCACCUGUAAAAAUACUAUUACAUCAUUAUAAAACUGAGAAACACAGAAAACAAGAAAUCAUCUGGCAAAUGUUUUGUACAUUUAUGUUAAUGCUAUUAUUAAUAAACCCUCAUCUACUCUCA